AUGAAGGCUCCAAAGGUUAAAUCUGCUGCAAAGGAGGACAAGGUCCUUAGCAAGGUCAAGGAGGGUGGUGUGAAGAAGUCUACCUUGAAAUCGAAGGUCCCUGCUGAGGUUGUCGCUAAGAAGGUUGAGAAAUUGAAGAAGAAGGCUCCUACUCCAUCCGAGAGCUCUGAGUCUGAGAGCUCCGAAAGCUCUGACAGCUCUGAGGAGAGUGAGGAGGAGGAGGAGGAGAAGGCUGCUCCUGUCAAGAACGGUGCUGCUGCCGCUGACUCUUCGUCUGAAUCAUCUGACUCGGACGAGUCUGAAUCCGAGGACGAGAAGCCAGUCAAGAAUGGCGCCAAGGUCGCCAAUGGCAAGAAGGCCGACAGUGAGAGUGAGAGCGAGAGUGAGAGCGACGAGGAGGACAGUGAGGACUCUGAUGAUGAGGAAGAGGUAAAGAAGGCUCCUAAGGAGACCAAGGCCGCCGUCAAGAAGGACGAAGACUCUGAAUCUGAGGACUCUGAUGACUCUGAGGAGUCUGAGUCUGAUGAACCUGCCAAGGCAAAGAAGGAUGAUGACGAAGAGGAUGAUGAUGAGGAAGAUUCUGACGACUCUGACUCCAGCGAGGAGGAAGAGGAGGAAGAGGCUGAAAAGCCACAGAAGAAACGCAAGGCCGAGGAAGAUGCCGAGCCUGUUGCUAAGAAGGCCAAGGUUGACGUUCCUGAGGGUGCCUCUGCCAACCUCUUCGUCGGUAACUUGUCCUGGAAUGUCGAUGAGGAGUGGCUCCGCUCCGAGUUUGAGGAGUUUGGUGAGCUUGCUGGCACUCGCAUCGUCACUGACCGCGAAUCUGGCCGAUCCAGAGGAUUCGGAUAUGUCGAAUUCGUCAAUGUUGAGGACGCCGUCAAGGCUCAUACAGCUAAGAAGGAUGCAGAGCUCGACGGCCGCAAGAUGAACCUUGACUACGCCAACGCCCGUACCAAUGGCAACGCAAACCCACGCGAGCGUGCUGACAACCGUGCCAAGUCCUUCGGCGACCAGACCAGCCCCGAGAGUGACACCUUGUUCAUCGGCAACAUCUCCUUCUCCGCCGACGAGAACAUGGUCCAGGAGCUCUUCUCCAAAUACGGAGCGAUCCAGGGCAUCCGCCUGCCCACUGACCCUGAGUCUGGCCGCCCCAAGGGCUUCGGCUACGUCCAGUUCUCCUCCGUCGACGAGGCUCGCGCUGCCUUGGAAGCCGAGCACGGUGCUGACCUCGGUGGCCGUUCCAUCCGUCUUGAUUUCAGCACCCCCAGACAGCCUGGUGCAGGUGGUGACCGUGGUGGCCGUGGCGGUUUCGGUGGUCGUGGAGGUCGUGGCGGCCGUGGUGGACGCGGUGGCUUCGGUGAUCGCGGUGGCCGUGGAGGCGGUCGUGGAGGCCGUGGAGGCGCUGGAGCUUCCUUUGCUGGCAAGAAGACCACUUUCUAG